AUGUCCAGACCUCUUCUCCGCCAGUGCUUGCACUCCACUCGACGAACGAAUGUUGCUUUCAGACCGCAAGUUGGAAGAGCACGAUGGGCGUCUUCGAUAUCACAGAAACCCGGGUCUGACCAUGUGCAGUUCCCAGGCGCCGUGAACAGCAAGUUCACAACCAACCUGUCCUUUGUCACUCCAUCCGAGCUACCUGCAAUCCCAACAUAUCGAGUCAUGGACUCCGAUGGUGUGAUAGUAGACAAGAGCAGAGCCCCCGAUGUGCCAGACGAAGAGAUCAUCACAUGGUAUAAGAACAUGGUUCAAGUUAGCAUUAUGGAUAUGAUCAUGUUUGAAGCUCAACGACAAGGCCGUCUAAGUUUUUAUAUGGUUUCGGCAGGUGAGGAGGGAAUUGCUGUGGGGUCUGCUGCUGCCCUUUCACCAGAUGAUGUUGUUUUCGCCCAAUACCGUGAAACUGGUGUUUUUCAGCAACGGGGAUUUUCACUGAAAGAGUUUAUGAGCCAGUUAUUUGCAAAUAAGAAUGAUAAUGGCAAAGGUCGCAAUAUGCCUGUUCAUUAUGGCGGAACGAAUGUUCGAGCUCACACCAUCUCAUCCACAUUAGCCACCCAGAUCCCCCAGGCUUCAGGUGCUGCUUAUGCUUUGAAGCUCAAAACUCUUCAAAACCCCAACGUAGCCCCACAGAUUGUAGCUUGUUACUUCGGCGAAGGUGCGGCCAGUGAAGGUGAUUUCCAUGCAGCUCUCAACAUCGCUGCAACAAGAUCUUGCCCUGUCGUUUUCAUUUGCCGAAACAACGGCUAUGCCAUCUCCACCCCAACUCUGGAGCAAUAUCGCGGCGACGGCAUUGCUAGUCGAGGUGUUGGAUACGGUAUCGAUACGAUCCGCGUUGACGGGAACGAUAUCUUCGCCGUUCGUGAAGUCACCAAGCAAGCCCGCCGGAUGGCCUUGGAGAAUGGUGGCCGACCAAUUCUCAUUGAAGCCAUGAGCUACCGCGUUUCCCACCACAGCACUAGUGAUGACAGCUUUGCAUAUCGUGCACGUGUGGAGGUCGAAGACUGGAAGCGACGUGAUAAUCCCAUCACCCGUCUUCGCAAGUGGAUGGAAAAUAAGGGAAUCUGGAAUGAAGACUUGGAGCGCGAAACCCGAGAACAGCUCCGAAAAGCCGUACUCAAAGAAUUUGCUGCCGCAGAACGGGAGCAAAAACCAGCGAUCAAGGAGCUAUUUACCGAUGUUUAUGAACAGAUGACUCCCGAGCUCCUAGCCCAAAAGGAGGAGCUGAGGCGCGUUAUGGAAGCAUACCCCAGUGAAUACGAUGUUUCGGAGCAUGAGGGUGGAUUGAAAGGAUUAUAA